AUGACCAAUCCUCUGCUCAAGCGCAAACAAAUGGUCAUUGAUGUCAUACAUCCAGGUCUCGCCAACAUUUCCCAAGCUGACCUUCGCGCAAAGCUUGCAAAGAUGUACAAGGCAGACCCACAAGCUGUUGUUGUUUUUGGAAAUAAGACCGCUUUUGGUGGUGGCAAAUCAACUUGCUUUGCUCUUAUUUAUGACAAUGUCGAUGCCGUCAAGUCUUUUGAGCCAAAAUUCCAUCAAGUGCGCAAUGGGCUUAUAACAAUCACCAAGCAGGGACGCAAGCUUCGCAAGGAAAAGAAAAAUCGCGCCAAGAAGAUUCGCGGCUCCAAGAAGCACAAGCCACAAUCUGGCAAGAAAUAA